CCACCACAACCAGACACCACUAUUCGUUAAGCAGCCUCCCAAUUCUACAGAUAUAGUAAUCAUCGAGCACUCUUCGCGGUAGUUACACAGACGUCUUCGAUCUACUCGCGUCCGUGAAAAGACCACAACAUGAGAUUUACCGUGGAAUUUUCAGAUGUUUGAGAUUCCGACAUGGAUUCUUUGCUUCAGAAGUACAGUGAUAUAUCGCAGCGUUUGACCAUCGACUUCUCAAAGGAAAGCUACACUGACCCUAACAACAACAGUGAUGAGGUCUUCCAGGAGCAAGUCCCAAUCAAGGGGGACAAGUACUCCCUAAGGCCAAGGGUGUCCCGAAGGUGCCAAGGCUCAGAGGAAAACGUAGAAGUGGGUAAGAAGUCGAAGAAAUCUUCUAAACAAAAAUCAGCUCCACUCAGCAAGUACAGAAGAAAAACCGCGAAUGCCAGGGAGAGAAACAGGAUGAGGGAGAUAAAUCAAGCGUUCGAGACCUUAAGGUCCAUCAUACCUCAUGGGCAGGUGCAGGAAAUCAGUGGUGCCAACGAAAAACUCACGAAAAUAACGACGUUGCGGCUGGCUAUGCGGUAUAUUAACGCUUUGAGUGCCGCUUUGGAGACCAGUGAAAAAGAGGAGAACUUUUUUUUCGAUUUCGAUAGUUACAACGAUCUGGAUUUUUUGUUGGAGUCCGAUGGUGAAUCUUUAUCGGUUUCGGAACAUUCGUUGAUGGCUUCCCCUGAUUUUCAGGAUUCGGCUUUGUGUCCUUUCGAAUUGAGCAGUUCGUUCCCUUCGUUGCUUCAGUCGGAGUUUGUAGAACAUUCACUACCUUCGCCUGAGUUGCAGGAUUUUUUUUUUACGUGAUAAUGUUUUUUUGGGAACAAGAUAAGUAUCACACUGUAUGAUGUUCCGUGGCAUUAUAAUCCUACACUUGUGCAAUUGAGAAAUACCUACAAAUUAAUAUAUUUAUACUGAUUUUAUUAGCAAUUUUGAAAUCAAUCAUUCAUUAUGUAUGUAAAAAUGAUAUGUUCCAGUAUUUUAGUGUAUACAUUCCGUGUAAAAAUUAGAAAUUAAAAAGAAGCCGCACCUAAUUUCACAAUAUAGAAAUCAGAAAUUUGCAAAGAUGCUGAAAUGCAGAAUCAGUAUUUAGAAUAACUACUCAAUAUGGAUUUGAAAGAAAAUGAACCGCUAGUAUAAAUUCCAGUUGAUUUCAUUUCAGAUAAGUGAUAAGACACCACAUAAAAUACUGAGUCACUGACUAUUUUUCUAUUCUUAAAUAAUGAUUGUUGAAUUCAAUUAUUCAUAUUAAACUAUUGAUUUGAGAGUAAAACUAGAAAUUGAUGAACUUUUAUAUUUAUUUAUACAUUUCUUGUAAAUAUCUCUGUAUAUAUUGAACAUUUAAGCCAUAUGUAUAUUAUCCUUGUUAUGUUUGUCAUCUUGUUAUGAAUUAAAUCAUAUGAAAAUGUUA